CUGCACCUGGAGCUGCCGUGGGUCGAGAAGUACAGACCGCAGAAGCUCGGCGACGUGGUGGGCAACACAGAAACCAUCCAGGCGUUGCGGCGCAUAGCGCAGGACGGCAACGUGCCGCACCUGAUUCUCAGCGGCACGCCCGGCAUCGGCAAGACCACGGCGGUGCUGUGUCUGGCCCGGGAGCUGCUCGGGGGCGACGGCAGGCUGCUGAAGGAGGCCGUGCUGGAGCUCAACGCGUCGGACGACCGUGGCAUAGACGUGGUGCGCAACAUGAUCAAGACGUUUGCGCAGAAGAAGGUCACGCUGCCGCACAACCGCCACAAGAUGGUCAUUCUGGACGAGGCCGACUCCAUCACCGCCAGCGCCCAGCAGGCGCUGCGCCGCACAAUGGAAAUCUACUCCAACUCCACGCGGUUUGUCUUCUGCUGCAACCAGUCCAGCAAGAUCAUCGAGCCCUUGCAGAGCCGCUGCUCCAUCCUGCGCUUCAACCGCCUGCGCGACGAGGACGUGUUGCUUGUGCUCAAGCGCAUUCUGCACCACGAGCACGUCCACACCUACACGGACGACGGUCUGGGUGCCCUCAUCUUCACCUGCGACGGCGACAUGCGCCAGGCCGUCAACAACCUGCAGAGCGUGUACUACGGCUUUGGUCUUGUCAGCAGCGACAACGUGUUCAAGCUUGUGGACAUGCCCAACCCGCUGGUGGUGCGUCGCAUGUUGACGGACGCGCUGCGCGGACACGUAGACGCUGCGCUUGCGGUGCUGCGCGACCUGUGUGGCAAGGGUUACUCUGCGCUGGACAUUGUGAACGUGUGUUUCCGCGUGUGCAAGACCAUUGGCGGGGACGGGGUUGACGGGGGGCGGCAGCUGGAGGUGCUACGGCGGGUGGGCGAGUGCCAGAUGCGGGUGGUGGAGGGUGUGGGGAGCUAUUUGCAGCUGAGCGGGAUGGUUGUGGGAGUUGCGGGGGUGGAGGGG